CUUGUAAUGUUUGUGGGCGUGGCUGGGCGUGGUCACCAAUGACUGAAGAAGGAAUAGGGAAGAACUUUAGGAGUGCAUAUUACGAGACUCUGGGGUUUAGAGAGAAUGAGAAAUCAAUCAGUCAGCUAGAAAACCAAUUGAAAGCAGAUUUGAUAGAUUUGCCAAGAUUGAAGGCAUUUUGCCUGAAAAACUCACUCCCUGCUUUAUACAGGCCACUAGUAUGGAAGAUACUACUUGGUGCUGUCCCUUGUCAUCAAGACCCAGAGACACAGAAAUAUGUAAGAGACCAGAAGAUUGAACAGUUCCAAGACUUGAAGCAUUCUCUCUCAGUAUUGAACGCUGUACACAUUCCACCACCUGCGUCUUAUAGAGUAACUGGAGGUAGUCCAAUCUCACCCAUUGAGAACCUUGUGUACAUGUACGGCCUUGAAAAGGGGAGAUUUUCAGAAAUCAAGAGAGACUCUUCACUGCGUAAAAGCCUUCAUGAUGUUGCUAAGGUGUUUUUGGAUUGUAUCGACGGAGAUGAAAUGGAAAUUUAUUUCUGUUUUCUUGGAUUUACUGCCAUUAUCAAUAGCAUCAGGGAACACACUAAAGAAAUGUUAGAAGAGCUAAUGAGUUAUUUAAUUCAAAAAGAAAACGUUCUUUAUUGUCAUUUAUCAACACUUGGAGUUUUACAGCAAAUCCCUUGUAAAAGGUGGUUUUUUGAAUGCUUCCUGAAUGAAUUUCCUUUGCCCGAGAUAGAAAUAAUUUGGGAUAGGCUUAUUGGAGGCUCUUAUUCUGUACUCAUAUACAUUGCCAUUAGUUUGAUACUUCAUCGGAAAAGAGCUUUGUUAAUGUCAAAGAGCAUAGUACAGGCUCUUAAACUUUUUGACCAACUAUUAGGGAGUGAUGCUUCAAUUGUAUUGAAACAAGGUCUUGAACUAUGGGAGCACAGUGGGAGUGCAUUGGUGCCUGGUAAUUCAAAAAUUAAAAACAAAACUUAUUAAUUGUUAUAGCAUAAUCUCUUAUUUUAUUAUUCAAAUGACUAUUACACAGGUGUAAAUGUAUUAAUUAUUAUUAUUAUUGCACCAUUUCGUGUCUUAUUGUAUUUUAUUCAGUCACUUCUUUUUUUCAACAGUUUGUCCCCCAGGGACUGUUAAUAGUGA